AUGAUAAGUCCCGUCGAUAUACUGGUGUUCCCUAUGCAUUGCCACCAACAGGCGCCUUCAAAUGGAAAAAAAGCUCGUCCCCUCCCAGCAUCAUAUUCGUAUACUGACGGCAGUGGAGGGGCAUAUGAUGCGACCACGUUCAAAGCGGUGUGUCCUCAACGGUCUUUCGCUGUGUUAAAGCCUGAUGGUGGAGGCGCCGCGCAAAGUGAAGACUGUCUGUAUGUCAACAUAUGGACUCCUGUACAGAAAGAGGGCGAGGAGAAAAGGAAAUGGCCAGUGAAGUUGUGGAUUCAUGGCGGAUGGUUUCAACUGGGAAAUCCCUCACAGGAGCCCGGCAUGGACGCGACCGAGCUGAUUUCCACGGGAGGCCUAAACUCCAUUGUUGUGGCUAUUGGAUACCGAUUAAAUGUAUUUGGUUUCCUUGCCGGUAAGGAUCUCCUAGAAGAAAGCGGCGGCGAAGCUAGCGGAAAUUUCGGGUUAUGGGAUCAACGCGUUGCUGCAGAGUGGGUGCGGGACAACAUCACUUACUUCGGGGGUGAUCCGGACAACAUUACCUUGGCGGGCCGUAGCGCCGGCGCAUACAGCGCCGAAGCUCAAAUGUUGUAUGAUUUCCGCAAGGAUGGCGAUGAUUCUUCGCUUUAUCGACGCAUCUUCAUGGAUUCAAACGCGAUUCCUGCUCAACCCAAGUCUUUGGUAGACGUUCAGGGCCAGUUUGACGAGCUUUGCGAAUACUUUGGAAUCGACCUAGAGCUAGCCGGCACAGAGAAACUUGCGGUGCUGCGACAGAAAAGCUCGAAAGAACUCUUGCAGGCGCUCCCUCAGAUGAAGAACCACACUUUCCGACCAGUCACGGAUGAUGUGUUUGUUCACUCUGGAAUGAUUGAGUACCUCCAAAGCAAAGAGUUUGCAGAUGAGUUCAAAAGAAGAGGGUACCGAAUCUUGAUUGGCGAGGUACGGAACGAAGAAACAUUAUAUUCGUCAUACAAUCCUCCUACCGAACCAACACUGAAUGCCCUGCGGCUUCAAAUCUCAAACUACUACGCCCCGGAUGUCACCGAUCGAGCCAUUCAGCAGUACAAGCUGCUUCAUUCGGAUCAAUUAGAAGAUUGGCAGAAAAUGUUUGGCUUCAUCGUAGCUGACGGUCAGGUCCGCGCACCUUCAAGAGCCUUAGCCAAGGCGCUAGUGGACAAUGGCGUUGAGCUUCGAGAUGUAUGGCGGUAUCAUAUCGCAUAUCGGAUGUCCUUCAUCAAUGAAAACGUGGCGCCAGCAUCCUUUGGCGUGGCUCAUGCUAUGGACCAGCCCAUUUGGAAUUUCGCAAUAUGCCAUGAACCAACUCCGGCUGAAAGGCAGCUAAUGGAAGACUGGAUCCAGAUACUGGUUGCAUUUGUAAAUGGGGAUGACAUGUACAGCUUCGGAACCACUUCAGUUGAGCAAAUGAAGGUCAUGACACCUGAUGGGAAAAUUCAGAUUCAGCCAGAUGAGCGGUGGGAUGAGCUUGUAAAACUUGGGCAGAUCUUCGCUGGGAACCAGUCUCACUAA